AUGACUGACUAGAUUACUAAUAAAAUUCUUGAAUCUUAUGGUUUUAAAGGCGCUUAACCUCAAUUCAAGAGCGUUAUAUAUCCUAUUGAACAAUUAAAACACUCCAUUGAGGAUCAUCAAUUGAAAUAGAUCUCUCCUGAGUUAUAAUAAAUUCUAGAAAGUGAAAGAGCCAGAGAAAUGGUCCAAAAAAGGGGCAUCACCCUUGACAGGACCAAAGAAUUCUUUCAGGAGAAAAUUAAAGAAUAUAAUGCUAUUAUUGAUUUAUAACAUUUGAGAUCUGGACAAUCUUACGUAACUCCAAAAAAGGAAAAUGUUUUCAAAAGACAUACAGCGGACUAGGGAGAAAUCACAAAUUAUCAUUUCGUCUUAAAUUGGCAAAAUUUGAAUUUGGUAUUCGAUGAAAUAGAAAAUUCAAACAAAAGAGCAAAAUCGUAACUUCAAUCAAGAACUCCAGAUCAAUCUUCCAGUCAAAUAAGCAAGCCUUAAAUAUCUGUCAAAACUUCGAAUAAAAAGGGAAGCCUGGUCAACAGAUUGGAUAAGAAGUUCAAUGAUUACGAUACGAAAAUGUCUUAGUCAAUUGCAACCAAUUUGCCAGAAUCAAGACGGUUUUCCAUGUUUGUUGAAACUCCACAAUAAGGAAUUAAUAGACGAAAUAGUCUAUAUCCGUAAGCUGCUAAAAAAUUUGUGAAAUUUCAUAACUUUAUGAGAACUGUAAAUACUCUGACUAGGUAGCCUGAGGAAAAGAAUGAGACUGAAAAUAGAUAGGUUAAGUUUCAAACAUAUAUUUAGGAUUUGAUAAAAACCUAUAUCAAUGACGCAUUCAACAAAGAAAGAUAGCCCACCGAUGCUUCCCAAAGAGAAAGAUCAAAGUCUUAACAAUAAUACAGAAAAAGGAACCAACAGAUGAUAGAGCAAUUAAACCAAUCGAAUCAAAACUGCGCUGUCUAGAAUCGAGAAUGUGACAUUAUGAAUAAUGAUAUACCAAUUUACGAAGAUAUUUAGUUUAAAACUGUUGAUCACAAUUAGACUAAAUAGAUCAAAGAACGAAGGAAUAGGAUAGUCCAAUCAGUGAAUUCAAGAAUGCAACCAAAAUACAUACAUUUAGGUGGGAGUCGAUAUGCUGUUAAGAAUAACUUUAUAAAUUAAUAAAACUAUCAAACAACAAUCAACAACUUAUUGGUGAAUUAAAUCAAAGAAGAGUUUAAGAAAUUAAAAGCCUUUGAUGAUGGAAUAGAUUUGGAGGUUUUGGAAGGUCCUCCUAAAAAGAUUGAUUAUCAUUCUUCUAAUCUGAAUUAAGAUUACAAUGAUGUGAAAGUAUCAAAAAUUGUAUAGAAAAUGAAAAGAUGACAUGAUUGUAUCUUUAUUUUUAUACUAAUGAAAGUGAUAUAAACAUUUGAA